AUGUUUCGACGUCUUGAUUCAGGUCUCCCCAAAGAUCCUGUCUAUCCCACCGAUCUCAAAGGCUUAGGAUACUUCAUUAACGACGAAGAUGAGAUCCGAAGCAUUGAGAAUGAGAAGGCUUACUUCAAGUUCUUUCUGACCAAGAAUGAGCGCUUCAAUUGCGUCCAGCGAGAUUCCAUGAAUGAAGCCAUCCGUACCGAAGUGUACAGCCGCCUCACCAGCCUCGGCCUCGAAAAGAUUCGUGUUCCCCUUGGUGCAGGAGCUGAUGAACCAAACCUGCCAAUCUUCGUAUCCGCCAACCUCGAGACUAAGAAGCACAUCAUCAUCCUCUUCUACGAACACACUCAAGACCUCGGUAUCUUCGCUCACAGAAUCAUCGGCGGCAAAGGAGGAAUCAACCAAGGCUCAGCAGUCAGUCUCGUCAAGUACAUCCAAUCCCAGGUCUUCUCCACCCAGAAUGUCGACUCUCCUGGUAUCAUACUCGCCAAUAUGGGACAGCUGAGAUGGUGGCGUAAGGGUCAGAAGGCAGUCACACAAACUACCUGGUUUGCUCUUCCCCAGAAGAGUGCCGUUGAGCCACCAUAUCGAUUCAAUGAGGAGAAAAACACCAUUCCAGGCAACAGAACCACCACCGAGCACGUCAACACUAUCUUCAACGAAGUUGUUGAGAACCUUGCCCACCCAGAUGCUAAACUCUCCCUUAUCGGUGUCUCCGACGGCGCAGUCCAAGUUUCUCUCUUCCUCAACAACGAGACCAACUUUAAGAAAUGGGGAAAGCGAAUCGACGCCUUCGCAACCAUCGCAUCCUACUUCCAUGCCCACGAGAUCACCAAUCCCAUCUUCGCCGACUUUCUCCUCAAACGUGGUCGCGCUUAUGUUCAGUCCCAGGAUCCAGUCGGUGCGUUCAUGGCUGAUGAGAAAGGCUCCAAGCGCGUUCAUGCGUAUGGCUGUCCGGUCUUCAGCUCUGGCGAGCCGUAUUAUAGUGAGACUAUGAUGACGAAGGCUCAUCGCGUUAUUAUUGAUUGGUUUAGAGAGGUUGCUGCUGAUAUGGAGUAUGAGAAUCCGAAGUUUGUGCGGAUGGAUUUUGGUAGGGAGGGGGAUGAUGACGAUGAGCCUGGUCCGCAGACUUGGGAUGGGGAGAGUGGCGUGAGGGAGAUUGCAGAGGUUGACGAGGCUAGCGAGGGUGAGAAGCUGGAGAAGAACAAGGAGAAUGUGAAGGCUGAGUAG